GUGACAUUUAUUUCAUUUAAGGUUAGAAAUAAAAUCAUAAUAAAAAUAAACUUUUCAAUAUCGAAAUGUCUUCACAAUAUAAGAAAUUUUUACGAUUAUUAGAGAGCUGGCCGGUUGACACUACAAAACCUGGCAGAAAUCUCGGCGAAUACUUGCGAAAGCAGUUGAAAGCAUCAUUGAGAGCUGGAAAUGAUUCGUUUGAUGUUGCAGUGUCUAUGGAUAAGCAAUUUCAGGCUCUUGAACGCAUUUCGAAUAACGUACAUUUUAAUAAAUACUCUCGGUUACGGCAGUCAACCGCAACUGGAUUGAAUAGCGAACAAUGUAAAAUUAUGAUAUCGGAAACAUCAUUAAACUACUUUGCUGAACAAUCAAAAGGUCCAUUUAUAAAUUUUGUCAAGAAUAAAUUACAGCGCAAAAAGUAACAGCAACUAGUUAAUAGUUUAUAAAUUAUGAAUAAAAAAAAUUUAUUGAACAAAA